AUGUCUUUCCCAGUAGCUACGAGGGCAUAUUGGAGCCGAAGUUUCUUCCAGGCGGCAACGCUACUACCAUGGACUUCACCUAUUGGCCGAUCGAUGGAUUCUUUGCCAAGAGCGCUACCACAGAAGUUGGCAGAGAAAUUGGAACAAAGAUCUAAAGAGAAUAAAGUUGAGCAAGAUUUCUUCUCUAACAAUGGUAUAUUAUUGGCAGUUCCUAAGAAAAAGGUUUCACAUCAAAAGAAGAGACAAAAAUUGUACGGGCCAGGGUCUAAACAGUUAAAGAUGAUUCAUCAUUUGAACAAAUGUCCUUCCUGCGGUCAUCAAAAGAGAGCUAACACUCUUUGUAUGCAUUGUGUUGAUGAAGUUCGUAGAAUUUGGAAGAGCCAAACGUUUAACCCACCACAGGAAGCGCCACAGGAAAGAGACAUGUCCGACUUGGACAAGAGAAUCUUGUAUCCAGGGAAAAAGGAAACUGAAUAUGAAACGAAAUUGAAGGAUAAAGAAAGCUACGUUGAACGUCGUAUGAGAACUCUAACCGUGCCUGACAAGAAAUGA